AUGUCUGAUAUGAAUAUUGCACUCACCAAUUCUGUUCGUAAAAUCGAACUUGACGUUACCGAGAUCAAACAAAUGCUAGCUGCGCUGUCUGAUCAGUUCAAAAAUCAAUUUGCACCAAACAUCACCGAUGAAGAUGUAAAUAUGAUACAAAAAAGUAUCGUCGAACAAAGUGCUCUUGAUCGAAUCACCGAGUCGGUAAAAAGAUCCCAAGUGAUUGAAUAUCCUGAUCAGCUUGGUAAACGAACGAUUGACACAAAUUCUGAAGAGUUUGAAGGAAAGAAGGUCUCGGGUAGACUUAGUAUACUGCUGCAACUUUUACACACAAAAGACUGGCAGUUAUUUUGUAAGGAAAUUCCCGAUGAGCAACAAAAGCCACCUCUAGUCCCAAUUUCACAACGUGAUUUGGAAAUCAAACGAGUUCAGUUGAAGUCACUGGCACGUUCGUUGAAGCAUGAUUUGAUUGACCUGGACCACCCUGACGUGUUAAAAAACUGGAAGGAUAUCCCGGCAAAUGAUAGGGAUUUUUACAUGUUGCGCCUGGAAAAGCUUGCGAAUGACAAGGGAUUCAAAAUAUACCAGUAUCCCGAUAGUUCAGACUCUAUCAAUGACGCUUUCGAAGAUAUGGGUCGCGAUGAGUCCCCCAUCAUAGCAGACGUGCUCCUUCAAAUAACAAUGGUAAGGGUAUAUAGCACCUUCAAAAUAACGGAAAGUGUGAACAAUUAUGUUGGAAUUGGGUAUGUUUGCAAUGACUGA